CCAUUUCCUCUCUCUUAUUGUCUUCUAUGGUUCAUGUGCUGCUUCAUCUGUAUAACGCUAAUUACGUUGUUCUUCGCUCUCUUCUGAUUCUCGAUUCGUUUUUUUUUUUUUUUCUUUCUGAUCGGGUGUCCGAUUUGGUGUUCUCUGUUAAUCGAAUUGGAUGAUUUUGCUGAUGAUGAUGUAUUGUUUCAUUUUUAGGGUUUGUUGUUGAUUUCUUAUGCCAUGUUCAAGAGAUAGUGCGCUUAAAGGAAGGCAUCGAGGAUUUACGCUUAUUAGAAGGAACUGUGGGUGGAUUCUGAUAGGGAUCAGUGCUUGGCUUUUGAGUUUCGUCCUUUGAUUUUGUAGAUUUCGAUGCUUCUGAUGAGACCCUUUUUGGUUCUUGUGAUUCACACCUUAGUGAUUUGUUUCUAGCAUUUUUGGAUACUUUGGUUCUCAAAUCUCUUGAUUGUUGCCUGCAAUUCACUGGGUAGCCUGCACUUUGGAGAUAUCUGAAAGACCAUACAAGGAUUGGAUUUGCUAUACAGUAUUGUAAAUGACAUAGAUUUUGUUUAGUGGUCUCUUGUCCGGAUAGCUUUUGGAUGAAUAAUUUUUCGAGUUUGAUUUGGAGAGUUACGAUUUAAGAAGGAUGGAGAAAGAAGGUGUGUGUGAUAACAUCAAGUUAACUGAUCAGAUGCACCCUGAUGAGCCUUUCUGUUCCGAGAUGAAAACUGAAACCAUUGCUUCAUCUCAGAAAACUGAAGGAGGCGAGGGGAGUAAUGUGGUUUUUUCGAGAGAGGCACCUUUAAUAGGAAAGGAUCCAGCUGGAACUAAUUCGGGUGAAUGCUGCGGUUGUAGUGCAAAUAAACUAAAUUUCAAAGAGAAUGAUGAUCUCAUUGAAAAGGAAAAUAUUGAGCAGCUGAAAAAGCUUAAUAGGCAAGAAAGAAUAGAGUUGGGACGACUCUUCCAAGGCGCUGUUACCUCACUGGAUUGGGAACUUGCUGACAGAUUGAUUCAGUUGGCUGAUCCACAAACUUUAAAUGACUUGUUGUGUGUUGGUCUUGAUUCAGUUUGGUUCUUGAGUACAAAUCCUGAGUUUCAGAGGAUCACCGGAUUGAUUAAGAAGAUCAUAUGUCAUGGUGCUCAUGACUUUACAAGAGCUACUCUUAGGACUUCGUUUCUCGCUUCAUGUGUCUCUGCUUGCCAGAGCCGGACAAUGAGUCUUGCUGAUACAGUAACUGUUAUGGCUCAAAGGUUGCAUGAGCGUCUCCAAGAGUGCAACGGGGAUGAGAUUCUGAAAGCAGAGGCUGGUGCCAAAGUUCAGAAGUUCACUGAAUGGGCUCUCAAAUGUAUAGGUUUCCACUCCCGAUGUCAGGGGGCAAAGGAUAGGGUUAGCCAAAAUUCAGCUGCUGAGAUUGAACUACAACUUUCUGCUUUCAAGAUGUUCUUAGAUUUAGCAGGAAACCAUCUAUCAGGAAGAGACUUCACCGAGGCCUUCGAUGCAGCUUGUUUCCCACUCACUCUGUUCUCCAACUCGUUCGAUCCUGGCUGGGCAUCUGGAAUGUCAGCUACUGUUAUACAUGGACUGCUCGGUAUGCUGGUUGAAGGUGGUGCAGAUAACGUGAAUCAAUGUUUCCUCGAAGCUUCACGUUUUGGUAGUACAGAACUUGUCCGCGUCUUGUUGCAGAUUGCUCAAAGGAACAGCUUAGAUGUUGAUGUGGACUUAGCUCUUGGUUUUGCCUCGCAUUAUUGUAAAAUAGGGACAAUGAAGUGCCUAGUCGAAGAAGGUAAUGCCAUUGCCUUCUUGGGCCCUUUAAUGAGAGCAGCAGAGAGAGGUUGCAUGCAAGUUGUUCAAUGGUUUGUGAAAAGAGGUUGCCGUGACAUGGAACUUUGCUUGGCUCUAACAGCCGCCACUUCAAGUUGCCAAGUCGAGGUUGCUGCUUAUCUUCUCCCUCGUGUUCCACCACCUGUCUUAACCGCUCUCAGCAUUGAAAUCCUCAAAGCAGCUGGAGAAAGAAGCGGAGGGUCUCUCCAAGGAGUAGAGUUUCUCCUCAAAUCAGACUUCUUAGGAGAUUCCACGGCUACAUACUCAGUCGCAGACAGCAUCGCGAGGUCAUCAGAAGACGAAUCCGUUCCUUCAGAUCUAAAAUCAUUUCUCCAAGAACACUGGUCGGAGUCAGCUUUUGAGAAAGGAAUGAGAGAAAGCCAUGAAAAUUUCAUGAAUUUCAUGAGAGUUUUGAAAAAAGGCGAGUCCGCGAUAUCCUUAAGAGACCUUCCUGCACCGCUAAGAGUAGCAAUAGCAUACAUGCCGCUGUACAGAGAGUGCAUGAAAGGGGAUGGUCGGUUACUGUCUCAGAGGCUAAGAGGACAGCUUGUGGAAGCUGUGAGACAGCUUCAAGGUUGUGCUGUUGCAGUUGUGGAAGUAAGCCAGACUCGUAACCUUAUGGCGGUUUUGGAGCAUCACCUUACCGCCAUUUUCGAUUAAAACAAAUGGAUUCUGCUUUGGGCUUCUUCACUGCUUUUCUAAUUUCUACGAAUAGUUGAAAAAUAAGAAAAUAAAUAUUACGAUUUUAACGGAUAUAUGGGAUUGGGUUUGAGAUGACGAAGUGAGGGUUUUUUGUAUAAUUUCUUCUUAUGAUGAUGCGUCUAUUAUGUCAGUCUCUUCUCCUCCAUUUCCCUUAUUAUGGCGUUGGUUUCUUCUUUUUUUACA